CUUCAAUUGCGCGUACUUCUUUCUCGCCGGUAAAGACGAAGAGUGAUAACCGUAACAUUGUUACUUCAAUUCGAACUUGUCGCGACGAAGUUUCGUGGUUUGAAAAAAUAAUCGAAAAAAAAACAUGAUCUUGCGACAUAUAUUUGUGCGUCAUUUCCUCAGUGUCAUAGAAAAAUAACCAAAUUUACAUGACUAAGCCUCAAUAAGGAUACAUUAAUAUGUAUCACUGUAAAACUUGUUUUGCAACUGAUCGAUCGGGAAUACGAAAAAAAGAAUUCGCAGAAAGAAAAAUACAUAUUAUCACCGAGGCAGCAUCUAGGAUCACCGUUGGUAUACGAAUUUUACAACACUCAGAGAAAGAGGAAUUCUUCUAUUUAUUGCACGUUUGCAGUGUAGCGUGCUUGCAGAAGCCAGACAACACCGGAGGUGUAAGGUGCGCAAGACAUUUCAUGUUCAAGCGGUAUCACGGGUCAACGUUGACCUCGUACGACGGAGUCACGACCCUCGCGGCCCGAUUACACACCGGCAAGCAGCGCAAAACAUAUGCAGAUCGCUUCACGAGGAUACUUCGUAACACAUUGUUGCUCGUCGGAGACAAGGACAUUCGGACACGUUCCUUCAGAAUCGCAAACGAAACGUUUAUACCUACCUACCUAUUUACGUUCCGUCCGAACACAGAGACGUGCGCGCAACACAUGGCGAGAAGAACCUCACUUGUGACGUCAACAGACGAGGUGUUCUAAGUCCCGGUAGUAAAUUAUGAUAAGACCGUGAAAAAAGUGUGUCGCAUCGCGUGAGGUCGUCUACGAAUAAAUGAGCGUGUCCUCGAGGUUGCUGCUGACGACCACCACCGCAUCUCUACGUGGCGGUAACGCGCCAACAACGCGCCUUCACUCGCGGAAGAUCUUUUCUAAAUUAAAGUCAUUGUGGCGACAACUGCUGCUAAAAAAUUUUGUUAAUCAUUCUGUUCAAGAAGCUUUACCGUCUAAUUAUCUAAAAGCCCUUAUGGACAGUUCUGUAGCUCAGCAAGAGUGUAAAAAAUCCAAGAUGCAGCCUUAUCUGGACACAUGCUACAAUCCAAAUAAUACCAAUCAAAUGUGUGAUGUAUCAUUUAAUAAUGCUCCCGCCAAUUUAAUGUACUGUCAAUCUGGAGCUUAUACAGACACAACUCAUAGUAUUAAUACAUGUGGGAUAAAUAGAAAACAUCGAAAUUAUCUUGACAAACAAACCUACAAGGCAAUAAGGAAAUGGAAACAAAUAGGAGGAGGUAGGAGUAAAAGUAUGGAGGAUACUUUUUUAUUGAAACUUUUAUCUUUUAAUAUUCUCGCGCAAAAUUUACUAGAAACUUAUCAUUUUCUGUACAAACGUCACAAUAAACAAGCACUAGAUUGGAAUAUUCGAAAAUCUCUUAUUAUAGAAGAGAUACUUGACGCUGAAGCAAAUAUAAUUUGUCUUCAAGAAGUACAACAAGAUCAUCUGAUGGACAUAGUGGAUCCAUUCAGACGUAUUGGAUACGACUAUAUCUACAAAAAAAGAACUAACGAAAAAAAUGAUGGUUUGCUCUUGCUGUAUCGCUCUGACGAGUUUCUCUUGCUAGAUCACGCAAAAGUGGAGUUAUAUCAAUCAGGCAUUGAGCUCUUAAGUAGAGAUAAUGUUGGAAUAAUCGCUAAAUUAGCUCUUAGAAGCAAUCCGGACACGCAAAUUGUCGUAGCUACAACUCAUUUGUUGUACAAUCCAAAACGUAACGAUGUACGAUUGGCACAGAUACAGCUUUUGUUGGCGGAAAUAGAGCGGAUUGCGUUUGUUGAGAAUACGAUAACGGGUCCAAAGUAUUUACCAAUCUUGCUGUCUGGCGACUUUAACUUGGAGCCGUAUACAGGUGUUUACAAAUUCCUGACAGAGGGUUCGUUCACAUAUAACGGCAAAGGUCGAAGUUUAGAGUCGCCUGAAGUCCGUUCUUUGUCCAACUUCUUAAUACCUCCGCGAUUAUGCGUUACCGAUAAUUGCCAACAUUUUAACAUUCUUACCAAGAGAUUACGAAAAGAAGGCACCGGCAAAAUUAUGCUGGAGAACAGUGAAUUUCCUGUUAAAAAAGGCGAGAACACGUUUGAUACGUGCAAUCUAGACACGUUGCAACACAGCAACGAUAGUGGUCGUACACAGAUCAUUGAGAUAGUGCAGGGCUAUUCUGUGCAAUUUUCAUCGGGGACUUUAACACAUCCUUUUAAGUUACGUAGCGUGUACAACCAUACGGCUUACGGCGAGAAGGAGGCAACGACGCAUCAAGACGAAUGGGUUACGGUUGAUUACAUAUUCUAUAGCAACAUCAAACCUGUGGAGAAGUACGCCUUACUUACAGUAAGCCAAUGCUACAAGUUACGAGCAAUACCAAAUUUUGUAGUGGGCAGUGAUCAUUUGUGCAUAGGGGCUACUUUCCAGUUACCAAAAAAAAAAUCUUCACUUUAAAACAUCUCCUUUUUUAGAAAAAAAAAAGUUGAAAACAAAGAUAUUUCGUGUUUCUUGUAAUAAGUUUCUUCGUAUUUUACCUCAAUGCAUUUUGUUAUUGAUUUGUGAUUCAUAAAAAGUAAGUUUAUUUAUUUAGAAUCUAAUUUACUAAGCUCUCUCUUUAAUUUAACCUAUAAAUAAAUGAAAGUAUAUUACAAAUGACUAAUCAGCACAAAAGAGAUCUUACCGUAACGAUAAGAAUAGACCACUAAGCUUGAAAACAAACAACUUUUAAAUAAUUUUAUAAAAUUGCUAAAGGUGUAACUUUGAAGCAAUUGUCUUCUCACAUUGACGAUAAUAAAUAAUAAACUUAAGAAUACUUUAAAUAAUUUAAAAAUAAACAAAGUAUCUUUGUCGUUGUUUUUAAGAAUUAAAAAAUAAUACUUUUUUGAAAAGAAUUUAGUAAAUAAAGUUUUUUUUAAGUGUCAGUAGAAAAAUUGUGAUAAAAUCCAACGGUUCUACGCAACUAGUAAAUAAAAUCUUCUAAACGCUUGAAAUAUCUUUGUUUUCAACUUGUUCUGUUUUUUCUUUUUUUUUUUUUUUAUUGUUUUAUUAAUUCUUUUAUUUACAAUUUAGGGACAAGUAUUCAGCGUUUUGAGUGUUAAGUUUUUUAAUUUAAACAAAUUAGUUAACGUUUAGAGUAGAACUCGUUGCGUGCAACCGUUCGAUCAAAUUGUCUGCCGGACUUGAAACUUAAGUCCACACAAUUAAUAUACAAAGGUCCUGUAAUUUUACCGGUAUCUUUUUUUCUCAACCUUUGAACAAAGAUGUUAAAAUGUUGACAAUUAUCUGUGAUAUACAAUCGUGAUGGUAUCAGAAAGUGAUGAUACCAUCACAAGAGCAAAUUAUCACUUUUUUCAUUAGUUCUUUUUUUUAUUAAUAUAGUCAUAUCCGAGACAUUUGAAUGAAGUCAUAAUGUCCAUUAGAUGAUUCCGGUGUACUUCUUGAACGAUAUCUGAAAAACACCCAAAAAGAUAAUAACAUACAAUUAACUUUCUUUACUCAUAUUUUCUUGUUUAACGUUUGACGGAAUCAAAUAUAAAAGAUAAUAAAUACAUACAUUUGUUUCAGCCUCAGGUAUUUCUUCUAUUAUAAGAGAUUUUUGAAUGUUCCAAUUUAGAACUCGUUUAUUGUGACAUUUGUAUAGUGAUACGUGUCUAAUAAAUUUUGCGCGAGAAUAUUAAAAGAUAUUAAUCUUAAUAAGAAGAUAUUCUCUGUAUUUUCAUUCGAUCUAAAAGUAAAUAAAGUUUUCAAACAGAGAGAGAGAUAUACAUAUAUAUAUUAUAGGGAUACUCAAAUAAAUAUUUAAAAACUUAAAGUAAAGUUUUUUUAAAGAUAAAGUAAAUGAAGAGAUACGGAGACUGUCACCAUAGCAGAAGCAAAACCGUUACUCUUUUCGUUAGUUUUUUUUUAUAAAGAUAUUCAUAUCUCCGAGACAUAUCUCUGAAUCACAAUGUUCAUCAGAUGAUCUUACUAUCACUUCCUGAUACCACCACGAUUAUAUAUCACGGAUAAUUGUCAACAUUUUAACAUCAGUCAAAGAUUAAGAAAAGAAGAUAUCGUUAAAAUUAUAGUACGUAUUUUCAACGUAGACAGAGAACGUCAAUUUGUUUAAAUUAAAAAACUUAACAGUCGAAGCGUUGAAUACUUGUUCCUCAAUUGUAAAUAAAAGAAUUAAUAAAACAAUAAAAAAGACAAAAAAUGAAUUGAAACGUUAUAUUACAAAUGAUUAAUUAUCACAAAAAAAAUUUUACUGUAACGAUCGUUACAAAAGAAAUAAUCCUUAAUAUAAAGAUGAGAACAGAGAGCUAAGCUUGAAAACAACUUUUAAAUAAUAUUAUAAAAUUGUUAAAAGUGUAACUUUGAAGCAUUUGUCUUCUCACAUUUACGAUAAUAAAUAAUAAAUGUCUCAAUUAUUUUCAGUUUUUUUUCAUUGUUUUAUUAACCCUUUGCGGUCGGUGCCGCCACUGUGGCGGCAUUUGUAAUCUGUCGUAGAAGUCGGUGUCGCCGCUGUGGCGGCAUGAUCACGUCUCGAAAGAUCACUCCACAAAAAUUGAGAUUAACAGAAAGCUAGCCAUCCAGCUAGCCAGCUCCAUUUAGCUAGCCAGCUAAAUUUGCGCCGACUAGCUGGUACUCCCAAGCGAAAA